CUGUACAGGCUUCUUUACAUCAACACAGAGUCUCAUCCUUGACUACUUAAGAUAAGAUGGCACAAAGCAAAGAACUAAUCGUGUCUCAAGAAACGGUGGCACCAGACUUCAUUACGGAGCUUCUCCCAUCAUCUCAGCGAGUCUCUCUGCUGUACCACCUCUCCUACCUGUGUUUGGCUGAAUUCCCGAAAUGCGAGAAGCUGCUCAGAGCUCGGGCUCUUGAAACCAGAAUGCUGUAUUCAUCCUCUGAAGCUGUCCUGCUGAAGUGCAUGGGCACCAGUCAGAACCUCGUUUCCACACUGUUUCCUCGACUGAUAUCUGCUGUGCAGAAAAACAACGCAUCCAUGGCAACUAAGUACCUGGAAAAAGCAAGAACAUGGAUCACUGACAUCAUUCGGGAUGUUCACCAGAUAGUUGAGAGAUAUGAUAUACACAACAAAGAUGUGAAUGCAACUACUAGUGACAUCAUCACCGAGAAGCGACACACUGAACAAAAGUUGAAAGAACUAAACAACGAAGUUAAAGCGAUGGAGGAAGCUCUGGAGAUUCUUAAAAAGAACCUGAAAACAAUCGCUGACAGCAUUGAAACGAUUGAGAAACAAAUUCAGAGCAAAUCCUCUGAACUGGAGAAACAUGUGAGGGAGGUGACUAGUAAAGACAAAGGUCUGAGCAUCUUUGCUGCUGUGGUCCCCUUCAUUGGAGCCAUUGUUAAGUCUAUUUAUGAUUCAGCAACUGGUCCAGGUGUUGCUGCAAAAACCAAGGCUCUUGAAAAUGAACUGAAUAAGCUUUACUCAGAAAAGACGAUUCUGAAACAGCAGGAGUGGACUCUGCAGCUCAAGAUAAUUGAUGAAGGGAUGGUGUUGGCCAAGAAAGAAAAAGAUUUGGGAAUUGUACCUAAUCCUGACCACCUUGGAGAGGUCCAGCGUUACCUCUCUAAAAUCCAGAGUAUUCUGAUUCAGCUGAAGUCUUUUUGGGAAAAGGUACUUUCUUUGUUGGGUGUUCUCAAGGAUAAAACCUUUGUUGAUGAAGACCUCAUUGACGAACCGGAAGAAAAAGAACUGUUUGCGUCUUCCAUCAGAGAAGCUACAAAGGUUUGGGACGACUUCAGUUGCUUCUGUGGUAAAGCAACUGGCAUCUUUCAACAGCAGAAUAAAGAAGCUUACAAGUUCCUGGAGUCGGAUCCCACCAAGCUUUCAAAAGAAGCCUGGCAGCUAGAGUAUGAUUCUGUGCUAGAACAACUGAAGAAAGUAAACCCUGGUAACGAGUGUGUGCCCGCCAUCAGUGAGUGAUGUAUAAACCAGUGUCAAAACUAACCAGGAGGAACGAGUAACCACAUCCCACCUUAAAACAGAAGUGUUUCUGUGCUAAAUGCCUCUAAAUAUAAAGAUUGUAAAGGAACUUUACGGUUGCAUUAAUUAAGCUUAGUCAGCAUGCUUUCCUGAAUAAUAUUACUGUUAUGCUCUUCUGGGAACAAGUAUUCUGUUGUGCUCUUCAUGACUUUCCUAUUUUAAACCUGCAAUAGUAAUUUAGAUUAGCAUGCUUAUGACUUAUGACUGAGUAGAAGACCUGUAAAAUGCUUUUGGUUAU